AUGAACCCAACUUUCAAAUAAUCUCAGCAAUUAGAAAAUCACAGUAAUAUUAUGGGGAGCAGUGCUGGGUUUAACAGGAGGAUCAAGUUGUCCUCUUAAAGGCCUGGGAGUAGAGACUAAAAACUAAAAACAGGAGAAAUAUUUCCAUAAUUUUAAGAUCCUUUAGCUACAAAUCCAUAUAAUUUGUUAAGUCUUAAUCUCUAUUAAGAUGAAAAUACAUUUAUUACAACUAUGAAAGCAGAAAUUUUAUAAAUACAAGAAGAAAUCAAUAAAUUGGACAUUGAUGGACGUAUUCGAAAUAACGACCCAAGACAAGAGUAUAGAUUACAACAAUUUAAAAAAUGGGUUGCUCAAAAUUCUACGUCUAAAUUCACGUUUGACAAAUUAAAUAAUAUUGAAAUCUCAUAACUCCUCAUUGUAUUAGAUGUUAGAUCUUUAGAGGAUGCUGUUGUCAAGCUCUAUAAAUUCUUAUCCAUUUUGGAUAGUGUAAUAAUGAAAAUUACAGAAUAUGAGGCCGUUCAUUUGAUCAAAUUUGAUGAAUUAUUUAGUUAAUUGUGUCCUAAUUAUUAGGAAAAUGUGCAAUAAAUGUCUGUCUUAAAAUUUCCUGUUUCUAUUGCUAAUUUAAAUCGCAUGACUGAACUAUAUUAAGUUAAAUUCGACAGGAACUAACCAUAAAAGAUAACUAAUGAUAAUACAGAAAGAUGA